AUGAUGGACAUGUGUACGCUGCUUGAUAUGCUGAAUAGCAAGUUUGCCUCCACGAUAGCAGACGAGCGGUUUGCGAUCGAUGGGAAGGUCACCGGCGAUAAAGCUGGUGAAAAAUGGCGCAUCGCCUCGAAGCUGCAAGACGUUGACGGAAGCUUCAACCGUGGUAUUUACUUAGUCCACAACGAGAACAACCCUGAUAAUUCCGCACAGAUCAUGAAGACUCUUCCCCUACCCAGAGAUUAUCUCGGCUUCGCUGAGCGAGAGCUCGAUAUUCUCGGGACUUUGCAGCACGACAAAGUCAUCAAGUUCUUCGACGGUACCGCACCAAAGAGCAUACACGAUACGGCAUGGAUGAUCACGGAGUACUGCAACAAAGGUACGUUGUUUGACUUCCUCGCAAAAUAUGCCUAUGAGGCGAAACUUCCAGUACCUGAGCUCUUCGUUUGGAACAUCUUGGAGAGCCUGGUACACGCGGCUGUUUAUCUGCACUAUGGUCCGAAUGUACUCGAAAAGUUUGAGCAACAGGAGCCUGAAGAUGGAUGCCUGGAGGUUAAAGAAGACGCCUCUUGGGAUGUCGUAUAUCAUCGCGACAUCAUUCUGUCGAACGUCUUCAUCACUUCUAGUACCGGCGACAAGACUGAGUAUCCGAUCGUCAAGUUAGGCGACUUUGGCUGCGCCAUGCGGCAAUCAGAAAUUAGUACUUUGGACCAAGACAAAUAUCCAAAGGCCGAGGAAACACCGCGUAUGGACCCUGCAUACGUGCCACCGGAGGGUCAAUAUGGCACCAAAGCCGUCGAUGUGUAUCAGAUCGGCCGACUAACGUGGUGUGUUGUGCAGAACGUCGUGUCUCCUACCUGUCUGGACGAGAAGGCAAUGCUGCCUGAGAAUUUCGAAACUUCAGAGGAUGCGCCUUACUCACGGGAGCUACGCCGCAUCCUCUAUUCCUGCACGAGGGCCCGCGCUGACCUUCGAAUCGAUUCUCUGCCUCUAUUACGCCUUGUCCGGGAUACGAGGAAACGAUUGAUAUCUGAGAACCGCUUGCCGUUUGUCGAGCUCUACGUAUCUUUUGUUGAGCGCCUUUCUGAGUUCCUUGGAUUCGCCCAUUGA